AGGAGAGCGCUGGGUGACACGAGAGCUGCACGCAGGAGUGUUGUGGUCCUCGUGGUCCAAGGCGCCGCCAUCCAACAGGCGUGUGCACAGUUCCAGUGUUCUGCUGGAUACCGAAUGGCCCUUCUUUCACCGCGAUGGCGGACACCCCAAGCAAGGACUUUGACGCGGUCGAGCUGCUGGACCUGCUCUUCGAUCAGGCAGACGGGAUCCUGUGGAGCGAGGAGAAGGCCGGGCGCCAAACCUGGCCAGCGCCGGGGCACGGUGUGGGAGGGGUCGCGACCCCGCUCGACUACAGCGUGCUUCCCUCAGCGCUGAGCUCCACCAACCCCGGCAGCAACUUCCUGGACAGCCUGUUGAGCGUCCCGGACUCGCUCUCUGGCUCCCUCCAGUGGUCCCACUCACCCAGCGAUAGUGGCAUCGGCGAGGACCCCCCCUCGGAUCAGACGGACAGCCCCCCGCCCUCGGACUCCCCCGCCCUCCACACCGCACCCCUCCCCCUUUCCCGGCACGACUACGAGGAGCCGGACGUCACCAUCAACCUGGGUGGCUGGGAGGCCGGGUUCCCCGGCAGGGGUCCUCCCCACAGGCCGCCCAUCUCCACGGGAGUCCCACUCACCAUCAAGGACCUGCUGCUGUUGGGAACGAACGAGCCGCCCCCGGCACCGUCCCAGCAACCCUUGCAGGAGCUCAUUCUCAACGAGGAUGAGAAGAAACUGCUGGCCAAGGAAGGAGUGAGUCUGUCCAGCCAGCUGCCCCUCACUAAGAUGGAGGAGAGGAUUCUGAAAAAGAUCCGCAGAAAGAUCCGGAACAAGCACUCGGCCCAGGAGAGCAGGAAGAAGAAGAAGGAGUACAUCGACACACUGGAGGGAAGGAUGGCAGCGUGCAGCGCCCACAACCAGGAACUCCAGAGGAAGGUCCUCCAGCUGGAGAAGAGCAACACGUCGCUGAUGGAGCAGCUGCGCAGGUUGCAAGCACUGCUGAUGACUGCGUCCAGCAAGACAGCGCAGACGAGCACCUGUGUGCUGGUGCUGCUGCUGUCCUUCUUGCUCAUCCUGGUCCCCAGCCUGCAGCCCUUCUCCAGCAGCGGAGUGAGCCCCGCCGGAGACUUCAGCUCAGCCAGAGUCCAGUCUCGGUGGCUGCACUCUGUGAUGGAGGGGCGGCAGGCGCUCUCACCGCUCUCUGUCGAUGGAGGGGUGGAGCCCAUCGGGUCCCUGCUAGCGAAGGAGGAGCAGCUUCCCGAGACCAACGGCAUCCCCCAGAACCGCAGCGUGGAGGAGCGGGAUCACGGUCGUCACGGAGAUCCCAUCACGGGCCACGCUGCCACGGUGACCUGGAGCUCGCGACAAGAUGCUCCCCUUCGCCCCCAUGCUGAUGACAUGUGAAAAGGGAGCGUCACUCCUGCCUCGUGGAACAGGAGAGCUUCCGAACCCGGAGCCGACAACGGCCCCUGCUCACCGCCGCUUGCAAAGCAGACCGACUUUGCGAUGCUUCCUCUUUCUCCAGUACGGCGUUUUAUUCUGAUUUCGAGCCGCUGAUGCCACGAUACGAUCACAAUUUUGCGCUGACGCGUUGCUAGCUGGGUAACCAAGGUAAUUAAGGGAGUGUACCGCAGGAAAAAAGGGUGUUUGUGUCAUUCCUACACAAGUUCUGCUUUGGUAAAAGCGGGGGAAUGGGGUAAAAACGCAUUAAAUUACCUGUCCCGCUAUAAGUGGUUCCUGCGUCCUGCUGGUUCUGG